GUUUUGGUAACUAAACAAUAAGCAACAAAGAUAUAGCCAAUAAAAAUGGUUUAAAAACAAGUAGCAAACUAAAAACAGUAACAAAAGUGAAGUAGUACAGUGAAGUGAGCACAAAAUGUGUGUACAACUACAAAUAAUAAAGUGUUAAAAAUCAAUCAAAAUAUCAACGCAUUGCAAAUUGUUAAAAUGGAAAACCCUGAAACAGUGAAAAAUAAAAUUUCAACACACAGAAACAGCGAAAAGUUCAUGGCGAAAAAAAUUUCGCCAACAAUAUUUUGAAGCGCGUGAAAAAAAUUUUUAACUAAAGGAAACACACAAGAAAGCAAUAAAAUACUAAAGUGCUAAAAACAAAUAAUCGCAAAUUGCUGCAAACUGCAAUUUCAAAAUUUAUGAAAACAAACAAACAGUACAGCCACUAUGUAUGAAAUGCUAAAAGCAAACCAACUGCACGUGCAAAUGGAAUAACAAUUAAAUAUUAAAAUAAAAAAACAAACUACAAAAACACACAGAAUUUUUACUAGUUAAAUGUGUAGUAAAGAAAAUAUUGCAAUUAAAAAAAUAAUACAGCAAAGCAUUUCUACUACAAUGUGCAACAGUGCAGAAAAAGUUAAAUCAAAAUACGUUUCAAAAACGAGAAAAUAAAUAUUUUUUACAGGCCUUAAAUAAAUACUGAUAUAAAAUAGUGUUUUUUUUUUGUAAACAGACAACCAAAAUAAACAUUGGCAUGACAUAUUGAUUCAACGAAACAAUCGACUUUUUUAAUUAUGUGCCAAAAGUAACAACAAAAAACUGUGUAAAUAUUCAUGAAAUACAUUUCAUAGAUUUUCGAUUGCCAAAUUUUUAUGAAGCGUGAUAUAGAAAUAGUAUAAAACAAUAAAGGACUUGUAUGCAGAACAAACCAAUUUACUUGUUGGUGUGAAUAUUAUUUUGUGACAACUGCAUUUUUUGGCAUUUUAUGGAUGUAACAAUUUGUACACGAAGCAUAUAAAACCGGAUUUUUUUUCGAAUAUUUUAUACACAGCUUAUGAAUUUUUUCAUCUUUAUAUCAACACAACAAAAGUGACAGAAACAGGAAUGCAAGCUCAACAGUCGUUAAAUAAACGCCAGUAGUGUGUUGCAAAAAAAUCAAGUUAUGGAACUACCCUCGAUGGUGCAACGCUCUGGCGACACGCUAAUUGUGCGCAGCGUCGUCAGUGGUAAUCAAUUGUAUUUGGAUCAGGGUGCCGCCUCCACGAAAAACAACAAUAACCACAAGCAUAGUAGCCCUUCGCCGUUGCAGCAGCAGCAGUCGCAACCGAGUGGCACCGCCAACUUGUCAACUAGUGCACUGGAACAAUUAGAGCGCUAUCGUGCCGCAGCUGCACAAUAUCACCUACAACAACAACAGCAUCAGCAACACCAAAAUGCCGCACAACAGCAACAAAAUACGGUUGCUUCGGCGGUAGCUCAUCAGCAGGCAAUGGAGCUGAAAGAUGAGGGGCUGCCACAGUGUAAAAUCAAGCGCAAUUACAGCUGCAGUUACUGCACUUACUUCACGCAAAAUCCGCGGUAUCAUCUUACGCAUCUGCGAGACGUUCAUGGCGAAAAAAUCGUCAUCAAUAAGUGCAAGCUGUGCCUGUAUGCGUCGCGACAUUUUCAAAAGUUGGUGCGGCACAUGAAAAUGGUGCACGGCUGCACCGAUGGUGUGGCCGGUGGACACGGGCAGCCGCGUGGCAAGCGCGGUAUGAGUCGGGAGGCACGCAAGCGAAAGUUGGAACAAAGCGUGGGUUUGGGCGCUGCACCGAGUGAUAUGAGUGGCAGCAGCGAAGGCAAUGUCAUAAUGAGUGAAGGUGUGUCGAAAGUGCCGACUUAUGAGGAGGUUAAACGCGAACUGGAGCUGCAGCGGGAAUCCCUUAUCGCCGUUGUUUAUGAGCGUGAGUUACAGGCCCAGCGUGAGCGUGAACUAGACGCCCGUCAACAAGCACAGAAUGCAUACGAACAAGAAAUGCAGGCAGCAACAGCAGCUGCUGCUUCAGCGGCUGCAUCCGAAGCACAACGUCGUCAAUCGCCAGCUAAUGCAGCCACCCCCAGCAGCAACAAUGCAAGUGCCUUUGUAAAUGGCUCUAGCAGCAAUAACGGCAGCGGAAAUCUUCCAGCUUUUCAAUUGCCACCAGCUCAUCAGCAAUCACUUACGGCACAUACCCGCAUCAUUGAGCUUUCACCAUCACCCACCGACUCAGUGUCGUCUGGGCAUGGAGCUGACGCCGCUACCGCAGCUGCAUUGCAUUCCAGUGGGGUUUCACUGAACUACGUUGGAGAUGAGCCCACCCAGAAUAGGCUGUUGAAGUGUAGCCUUUGCGAUUUCACCACACUCUUCCGCGCACAAUUGGUAGAUCACGAAUUAGAUGAGCAUUGUAAGACAAAAUUUUUCCGCUGUGAGAAGUGUUCGUAUGUAACACACAUUAAGGCACGGUUCAGCAAACACGUCAAAUAUCACUCCAUGCCUAUGAUCAAAUGUGUCACGUGUGAUUUUCGUACUCCUUAUAAGUGGAAUCUCGAUCGGCAUAUGAAAAAUCAUGGUGGUGCAGGUCCAUUCAAGUGUGCUGCCUGCGAUUUUACAGCCGAUAUCAAGCAAUCGCUGACGGUGCACGAAAUGAAUCAUCAUGUGCCACCGGUUGGGCAUGCAGCGGGCAUGUCGCUGGGACGACGACCAAACAAGGUCGGUGGUACAGAUUUACGUGAAGAUUUUCUAAGCGAUUCUGUUGAUUUGUUGGAGGAUCAUUUCAAUAAUAACAAUCUCGAUGAAUACGAUGAAACGUUCGUAGCCGCAGGGCCUUACACUAAACGCAGCAAAUAUGAGGAGGAAGAACCGACCGACUUGUCUGCGAAAGGUGGCUCCUCCGACACGUCGUCAAUGCAUAAUCAAAGUUUGAGUGUAUCACUAACGCCAAAAGCAAAGCGGCCAAUACCGAAUCUCAUUCCGAUACCGAAAAAUAAUGGACCAAGCAUUAUGAAUCUUCCCAAGGAGUUCGCUGCCUCGCGUAGCUCCCUUACCGAUAUCGCUUCUAUAUUCUUUAAUGAUAAGCAAAUCUCCGAGAUGUUGCAACCACUCGAGAAAUCGGACGCCGCUCAAUUAUCACCAACUCCCACCGUUGCGUCCACAUCCAGCCAUGCUUCACGUAGUUUGCUUCACAAGAAACCCACACCAAGCGAGAAUCUCAUCUGUCCAUGUGGUCAUAUGGCCAAGUGUCUGUCAGAGUCGAUCAUCCACCGCAAAACAUGCAAUUUCGCUGCUAUCGUCGAAGAUGAUGUUGAGGAAGAGCAAGAUGAUACAGACGAUCGCCUGGAAAUAGAUUUUGCCGAUGAUGAAGAUCGGCAAUCGCAUUCGGCACUUAAUUUGAGUGUAACCGGUUCAACGCGUUGCCAGCAUUGUCGCCAUCGUUGCAAAUCAUCUGCAGAUCUGUUGAAUCAUCUCAAGCAAUGUACCGAGGCUAGUCGAUGUGGCAAUGACUCUUUCGAUUCAAUGUCUGGUGACAGCAACGCCGGUCGUGUUGGUGGUGCUGACUCCACUAAUGACCAACAUCCGAUGGAGAAUCGCGUAUUCAUCUGGAAUAAAAUGCCUGGUGGUGACACUGGGCAGCGUGAAGGAAGUCAGUGCUCGGAUAGUAGGGGGCAGACAAAUAAUACCGCAGAAUCAUCCGGUAGCAGCGCAUACGGCGCUAGCAGUGCAACUUGUGAAGAGAUUAGCUAUUAUGGUGUUGAAACGGCGCCAGGUUAUGGUGAGGUAACGAAAAAGAUGACGCCGGAAGAAGAAGUAGCUAAUUCUUCUUUGAAGAAAGUAUACAAGUGUCCGCACUGUUCUUUCUGGGCCUCAACAGCUUCGCGUUUUCACGUACACAUUGUCGGUCAUUUGAAUAAGAAACCAUUUGAAUGCUCGCUUUGUUCAUAUCGUUCCAAUUGGCGUUGGGAUAUCACCAAGCACAUUCGCCUAAAGACCAUACGUGAUCCCAGCCACAAGAAUGCACGUGUGCUGAUGAACGACGAAACGGGUCGUCGUAAUUACACCAAAUACAAUAAAUACAUCACAUUAAUGAAGGUAACCGAAGAAGAUGGCGAUCCAAAGUUAAUGAAAUCCGGCGAAAUGACACCAAACCAGGUAGCUUCGUUAUCCUUUAUCAACGAUUACAAUAAAAAAGUGGUACCUAAUGCCUUGACCUCUACUCAUUUGAAUGGCAUCAAGGAGGAUAUAACACUAGAGCCAAUACAAUCGAAAUCUAGCGCCGGUUGUAAUAAUUGUAGUGGUAAUAAUAAUGGCAACGAUCAGUUAGCCGACGAUUUCAUACGUUUACCAUUGCUAGCAACAAUGAUGAAUGCUGCAAUGGCACAACAACACCAUCAACAACAAAAAGACUCCGAACAGGGUCAAGCAACAAUGAUUACACCCUCAGUAACUAUUUCCUCUGUUAAGCGUUCGCCACCGCCUCUUAUGAAGCCUAGUGAUGAUCUGGUCACAGAUGUGCGCCAGGAGGGCAACGAAAAGAAAACAUUCUAUAGGUGUCGCAAGUGCACUUUUCGUCAUGCCAAUCGUGAUGCCGUACUCGCCCACGUCAAGAUACAUUACCAGGAUCCUAACUACCCAAUAGUAACAGCUACAGCAACUACUUCACCCAAGUCGGCGAGCUCUCAGCAUCAACAACAACACAACACACCACUUCAAGUGGCCGUUAAUCCAAAUAUCUAUAUGAACAAAGUUCUCGCCGCUAUGUGCCUUUCCCAGCAGCAACAACAACAACCGCAACCCAACUCGAAUUCUUCAACGAACACUGAUCAACAGCAGCAGCAACAACAACAACAUUCCAUACUCUCCGCCGGCCUACUGCAACAAGCGAUGCAAGGAGCACCGCCAAAUUCACCACUAGGCUGCCUGGCAUUAUCGCUAGCCGGCAAGAGUCCUGCCAAAGCAACUGCUUCUAUUUUAGAGCACGGUGAGCAGAAAUCGAUACAAAACGAGGCAAGUGCCCAAAGGCCAACGUCGCCCAAACAAAACAACCAAAGCAACUUUCACAAUAGCUUAACUAUAGCUUCAUCGUCGACAUCGUCUUCUCCACACUCCUCUGGCGGCAGCAAUUUUGGUGUUGGUGGUGGUGGUGGUGGUGCUGGAGUUGGUAUGGUCGGUGCGGCCACAUCAGCAUCAUCGUUGCAAAAUUUGUUAACUUCACCGCGUGGCACUUACGCAUCAUCCUCCGUACAUUCACUACGCAAUCAACUGCAUUCGCCUACAAUCAGCAACAACAACAUUAGCUACACCAUUGGUGGUAGUGUUGGUGUCGGUGGUCAUACUAAUAACAAUAAUAGCAAUAAAAAUUUGGUAAUGGGUGCAUUAACGGUAACGAAACACACCAGUGAAAGCGAAACGAGACACAAUGUCUUCGAUUCACCCACAACCACAGCAGAUGCAAGCAGUGGCGCCGCUGCUUUAUUACAUUCAUCACCAAGUGCUAGUGCUGCACACAACACGCCCAGUGCCACAACAGUAACUACACUUCCUACUACUCUUACCAGUUCUAAUACUACCACUAGCGCAUCUCUGGGAAUAAAGUCCACUAGCAAUCCAUAUCAUAUGCAAAUGGGUAUCAUCGGUGCUUCAUCUAUUUCCAAUAGCAACAACAACAACAACAACAGUCAUAAUGGCGCUAUCACCUAUAUGGGUGGUAGUCAAAGUAGUGGUGGUGGUGGUGUUGAUGUCGUUGGUACUCCUAGUGAUAAUAAUAAUAGUCUAUGUAUUGGUGGUAUUAUAUUUGGUUCUAAUAAUUCUACUACUACUACUACUAGUUUAAAUCGCAAUACUUCCAUACCUCCUACUACUACUACUACAGCAACAACAGUAGCUAGCAGUCGCACAACUGCUGGCAGCAGUGGUGGUGGUACAACAUCAUCUUCAUCUAAUUUGUUAUUAAGUUCGGCUACAGUGGCGGCGGCGGCGGCAGCGGCAGCAUCAACUCUUUAUGCUUCCAAUGCGGUCACAUUGUCACCGCCCUCGGCGGCAUCGUUAUGUAUUUCCUCGACCAAUGCAUCGUCGGCUAGCAAUUUCAAUCAAACACAAAAUCUCAAUCAAAAUCAAAUUCUGAAUAACAAUUGUAGUAAUUUAUUAGUUAACGACAGCGAGCGACGUGAACCGUCGCCGUAUCGUUGCGGUCAUUGUCAUCAAGUAUCAAAUUGGAAGCAUGUCAUUCAGCGGCAUUGUCGCUUGAAACACGCUGGCGACAUACGCAUCGAAACCCUUGAUCGCACCGUCAACACCAUCAACGAACGCAAUGCGCCGCCUAUUUAUCGACCGCUCGGCAAUGGCGCCUCGAAUGAGACCACCAAUUACGGGCUUACGCUUAAGGCUUUACAGCAACAACAACAACAGCAACAACACCACCAGCAGCAGAAACAACAACAACAAUCGCCUCACACUUUAAACAACCUUUCUGGUCCGCCCAGUAACUCAGUACUUAUGAGCAGCAACAACAACAACAAAAACGAACAAAAUCUUUUGCAUUCACCACUCGCCGGUACCGCUGCCGCUAAUGCAGCCACCACACCACAGGAACUACAGCAGGCCGCUGCUGCAUAUAUAGCAGCCACUUACAAGGCUGCUGCAGCUGCAGGCAAUGGAUCGGCUGCAGCUGCCGUUGCAGCAGCUGCCGCUCUGGGUCUAAGCAGCGAUGAGUUGAUGUUGCAUCAGCAAUUGCAGCAAAAUGAUCAAAUUGAAAUCACACGCCUACCGCCAGGGGUGGCCAAUGCUGCACAGCAACAGCUGCAGCAACAAGCACAAUCGCAGCAACAACAGCAACAACAACAACAACAGCAGCAGCAGCUAAACUCCAAGUGCAAGCAGCAAAAGUGUCCUCUCUGCCCGUAUAUUUCGGAGAGUAAAUCGCAGAUGAAUUAUCACAUUUCCUUGCAUAAGCCCACCCAGUACGAAUGUUCGUUGUGUACGUUCGUUUGCGCCAAGAAGCAGCAUUUGAGCAGUCACAUGCGCACCGUGCAUCAGCAGCAUAAUUUAAGUGCGACCAGCCAGUUGGGCAACAUGAGUGCAGCCAUUAAUUCGAUGGAUUUCAGUAUGGCCUUGCAAUUGGCUGCGGUGGCGCAGGCGCAACAGGACGCAUCAUCACUCUCCUCGCCAUUGGCUAUUGAUCUAACAGCUUUAAAGCAGAAAAUAUCUGCUGUCCAACAACAACAACAACAGCAGCAGCAGCAACAUCAAAAGCACCCACAGCAGCUACGCCAAACACCGACACCACAACAACAACAACAACAACAGACACACCCGCAUUCGCUCCCAUCCAAUGAAAACCAAAUCAAACGCAUACUUUAUUGCCCUAAAUGUCCUGCGCGUUACAUACAAAAAUCCAGCGACACUUCGAACGCAAAAGCGGAACUAGAAGAGCACAUAAAAUGCCACAGCGCAAGCGAUGCACUGGAUAAUAACACCAGUAGUCCGCAAACAUCGACGCCACCACCACCGCCACAACCAGCCUUCAAAUGCGAAUUUUGCGAUUAUGGCACCGUGCAGGAAGCACACUUACAGAAACACCGUUAUGUGCACACACAACACUACCAAGAUAAGUGCGCCGAGCUAUACAAACACGUGCCUGAGGAUUUGGAAUAUGCUCCACCCAAACUAAUGCAAAUCACAUUGGCCAAGAGCUUACAGCAGGCGCCUGAGACGAUCUGGAUUGUUGAUAACGAUUUGAAUGAUCAAUGCAAGGAUCAAAAGCUGCAGCAGCAACAACAUGCAAGCAUUACCUCAUCGUCGAUGAUGCCCGCAGCGAUAACAGCAUCAACCGCAGUAAGCGCGGCGACAUCACAUUUCGAUACAGCCAACUCGCUGCUGAAAAAGCAGCUAGAGUCAGGCAUGACUGGUGGUAGUGCUAAUGGUGGAGCAAUGCGCAGUUCACCUGCUCCUACGACGCCUACACCCACACCUACGCCCAAAGAGCUAGCCGCCGACGCCGAUGAUUCAUCGAAUAUGCCAUCGACCAGCGCUUCGGUAGCUACAAGCGAUUUAGCUGUUGAUGGUGGCAGUGAUUUCACAUCCAGCGUAGCAUCGCCAGCGCCAGUUGAGAAGUGCCUCUAUUGUCCCUACGAAACAAAGCAUACAACACUCUACAAGGCGCACUUGCAGCAUCACAUUUGCAUUAGCAAUCAAAGAGAGGCAUUCACCUGCGAACACUGCGAUUAUACAGAUGCCAAGCAGGAGCAUAUUGAUGAACAUACGCGCGUGCAUUUCAGCGCAGUGGAAAAAUUGAAGUCAGUAGCAUUCUUCACCUCCUACGACAACUUGGAAUUGAGUGUUGAACGCGAUGAGAGCGCCGGCGAAGAAGCGAAUGCGGCUGUAGACAGCGAAUUGCAGAAAGACGCAACCACCGCCGGCAAUGAAGAGCGCAGAGCGACGGCUGAAGCAACGGCAGCGCUGCAAUUGAAUAUUAAACAAGAGCAUAACAACAACAAUGAAGAGCAUGUGGUAAAUGAAAAUGUGGCAAAGGAGCAGCAGCAACAGCUGGGAACUGCGCCAAAGAGCAGCAGCAUUAAAGUGAAAGAUGAGAAAUCAUCAACAGCAGCUGCUGCAGCGGAAAGCAUUAAGAAGCCUUGCAACAAGAUUAUACUAUACAAAAAUGAUGGCUGCUUAGCUAUUAAGCGCGAAGGUGGCAGCAGCAACAGCAACAACAAUAAUAUGAACACUAACGAAAAUAUUAGUGAUCGCCUGCGUCGCCGCAUAAGUCGUAAUAAUAGCAGCAACAAUAGUCAUAUGAAUGGCAUUGGUGGUAGCGCGAAUAAUAAUAACAACAACAACAAUAACCACAAUAGCAACUGUAGCGAUGAACAACAACAAAGCCAUAAAACGAUAUUAGUGAAUGCCAAAACUGGUCAGGUUAUAAGUAGGAAUUAAGAGAGGGAGGGAGUAAUUAUAUUGCAUAGAAGAUAUGUAUAGGAUGCGUUUAACAAGUAGAGAGUGGGUCGAAAGAAGAUGAUUGAACAAAGUGAGAGCUGUACUUUGCGUUUGUUAUUUUUAAUUUAAGCGUGCUAAAAUAGCCGCACCGCUUCGAGGAAGUGAAUAUCAAAAAACUAAGGGACAUAUUUUAUUAUUAUUUUUGUUGCUUUUUGAAUGCUAAAAUUAUGUAAAUAUUAUUUCAAGUAUUUGUUAAUGUUGUUUUUGCUUUUAUUCCAACACAUUGCUUCCGAAACUGUUCUUGUUCAGGGCUGUGCUGAGUGCGUGGUCUGCAACUGUGUUUCGAUAAUAGAAACUUGCACUAUCGCUGAUUUGAAAUGAGUUGUUCGUCCUUUUUCAAGACAGUCAGACCUCUGUUAUCAACAAUGAUGUUAGAAGAAUAUAAGUGAAAGGCGUGGGAAUAUGUUUGUUUAUAUUCAAAUUCUUAACAUAAAUGUCUGUUCUAUAAAUGCACUAUUUUUUGGCAAUCGCGGCGUUGGUGAAAUAGAAAUCACUUUCUUUACAAAAUCUUUGGAACAAAGGUGUUGUGCAUCUGACUUUGACCUGCUAUUAUCUCACAGUUUUUCUUUAACAGCGGUUGUUGUAGAGAAUGCCACUGCAAUAACAAGGCAAGGUUCGAACGCUGUUGCUUAGUAAAUGAACUCACCAGGCAGCUAAGCGCCAAUCUACUUUUCAAGACUACUCCAAUAAAUUUUGCAUAGCCAGAAAAUAGUAUAAUCACUGAAGUAUAUAUCUAUGUAUAUCCAUAGGACCUUUUUAGAUGAAAGACCUCACAUUUUACUAAAAGUCCGCCGACCCAUUCAAAAUCAGUACCUGCACACCAAGCUACAAAAGAGUUAAGUGCAGCUCGUGCUUUAUAACUUAAAUUAUGAAUCCAUAGAUAAUACAGCAUACCAUUAUUGGCGUAAGUCUGGUAAUGAACAUCAGAUCAAUAGAGGAUAUACAACAAGAGUGCCUCCCAAAAGAGGAUACAGCAUGCCGGCCAAACAGUUAAUGUUACUUUGUAUAAUUUAGCUGCAUAUUUUGAGUUGCAAUAAUCAUUUUUGAACGGCAAUGCCAAUGGAAAUAGGCCUGCAUAAGUAAUAAUUAAUUUUCUUCUUUGUUGUUAUAUAUCGUUUCGUUUUUUUGUUUCAUAACAAGCAAAACAUAAAUGUUAUAAAAAAAAUAUGUUAUUCCACUUAUUAGUUAUAUUUAAUUAGUCCUUAAACCAGUUUUUAUUUAAAUGUACCUUACGGAAAGCUCUUUUCAGGUCAAAUAGCAUAAAAACUUAUAUUUGUUUGCUUUAAUUUGUUUGUUUGUCCACAAUUUGAAACAAGUUUCAGUUUAGUUUUAGUGGCAAAAUUUAAUUUUAAUAAUUUAAACUAAAGAUAACAAUAAAAAUAAAUUAAUUAAUGAUAAUAAAUUACGUUAUUUGUUCAACUCUUGCAAACGUGCAAAUGAAUGAAUGCGGAAAAUGCGCGUUUUCAAUGGUUAUUUGGUUACACCUUGCACACGCACACACACACACACACAGAUACGCGCAUUUGUUAUAGCAUAUGUAUUGGUUUUAAUAAAAAUCAAAGGAAGCUAAUAUGCUGUUGAAUAUUACAUAUAGCGCACUAAUUUGUAUUGUUUUAUUACUUCUAAUAUUUUCUUAAAUAAUCUACACUUAAUAUCGUUAUUGUUAAGUUUUCUAGCGUACUAAGUUGUGUUAUGCUUUUCGCAAUAAAAAAUAAAAAAAAUUUAUAAUUAUUUAAAACAAUUAUUGAUUCUCUCACACAUUCAAAUAACUAAGAUAAUUGCUUUAGCAAAUUUGGUUAAUUGGGUGCAAAUGUGUAAGCAGCUUUGUUGAAGAAGAAAAAAAGAAAUGAAUUUGACAAAAAAAUAAUUGGCUGUUAAUUGAAAGUCAAAUAAAGUGAUGAGCAUUAGUACUCAGCGUACUAAAUAUUUUGCAUACAUUUGUUCUUCACUCAUGCAUACAUAUGCAUAAGUAUGUAUGUUUUAUAAUAAAACUGUGAUUUUAAAAAUUUGAAUUCAAAAAUGUUAAUUGCAAAUAUUGAAAAUUUAAAUUAAAACUAAUUUAGUUGCACGUUAAGGGGGGAAAGCGCCUAAUAAAUAUUUGCGUGACGCAAAAUAAGCGCAGCAGAAAAUUAUGUAUAAAUUGUAGAAAUUCUAAAAAUUACUAAAUCCAAAACACGGCUUAUUUAUAAAAACUAAAAUUUAUUGCCAACGAGCAAAUCGUAUCAAAUUGCUGAACAUUUAUUUUCUCUUAUUAUUAUAUAUAUAUGUAUGUAGUAUAAAAUGAAAUAUUACCUUAUAUAUAAGUUAGUGUGUAAUAUUCUAAUUAAGCAACAAGCAACUAAAUUUCAAAUUGCUACAAGCAGCCAUUCUGUCGGUUUUAGGCCGCAACCAAUUCUUCAUUUAUAAUUGCAUAAUUAUGUAUUUAUAAUUGUAUAUAUGUACAGUGCAUUUGCUUGUUAGCGAAUGUGUUUUGCAAACAAAAAUGAGUAGUUAUAUAGUCAUUUAUUUGUAAAUUCAAAAAAAAUCCAAAUCGUUUUCACAGGCAGUUAACGGUAAGCUGACCGAACGAAACGUAAAUUAUUAGAAUUAGUUUCGCUAGAAAAAAAAAGUAAAGUAAAGCACUCUGCACAAAUUUACUAAAAAAAGUGAAUGAGAAUGAAAAACAUAGUCAAACGUGUGCAGUUUGAGAAAUAAGUUUCGAAUAGCAACAACUGCAAGUAGUAGUCAUAAUUAGAGUGAUGACUGUAUGUAGGAAAAAAAUUUAUGCUACAAAAAUUUGCAGUUAAAAAGGGGUAUGUACGAGCAUGCGCCAAUAUGUAUUGAUAUAGUGAACGGUUUUUGAGACAACUUAAAAAAAUAUAUAUAUAUAUAUUUUACAGCACAAAUCGCACUUUAAUGUCAAAAUGUAAAAGAUUAAAUUGAGUAAAAACAAAUUACUAAAUUCGAAUUUGAGCCUAGUAUUAGCUGUGCUAAAAUGGUAUUUUUUUAUUUUAAAGUAGUAUUUUUUAUAUUUUUGAUUUGCCUAAAAA